UCGAGCCUACAAUAUUCUAUCAAAUAUCAUAUAAUCUAUUGUAUGGUAUUUAUAUCCGAUGUCGAAUUAUGUUAUGCAUUGUAAAAUAGGUGAGAAGGAGGCAACGAGGUAGAUUCAUGUUUUUAGUUAAAUGAAAAGACAUUUGAGAACCUCUGAUAAACCCUAAAGUUCAAGAAGACCGUACAUAAUUCAAGUGAGGCCGAAUUACUAUUACCUUUCAAUCCCUAAUCUUGAUCCUGAAGCUCAAUUUCGAACUCAAUUCGAAUUUUAAGUAACGAGAUGCCACGAAAGCCUAAAGGGCAUCGCCGUUCGUUCAAACCUCGGCCGUUAACUUUCUCUCGGUUUGCUCGGUCGGUGGCUCAAGUGGCUUCAAUUCAAAUGGUCAGGGGCCAAACACACAAAGCAAGAUCCCAUAGAGAGUCUCUUCCUAAUUCAACAAGUAAUGGAUUUUUGGAGAAGAGUUUGAUAGAGAAGCAUGAUCAGUCUGAGUCUUCUGAAGAUGAAGGGUUUGAGGGAGUUGUCCAAGCAGAUUUUGUGUUCUUUGAUCCAAAACUAGAUGACUUCCAUGGAGUUAAGGUUUUGCUACAGACUUACCUUGAUGAUACGCAAUGGGAUUUGAGUGGUUUUGUAGACUUGAUAUUGGCACAGACCACUGUAGGCACUGUUGUUAAAAUAGAGGAUGAUGACGACGAUUCACCUUUUUCAGUUGUGACUGCUCUUAAUUUAGGCAGAUAUAAGGAUCAUAAAUGUAUAAUAGAGCUGAAGGAGUAUCUCCUUAAAGUAUGCCAGGAGAAAGAUGCAAUAAAUGACUUGAGAUUACUGUUGGGAGAGCAAGCACAUGAAGUGGGUCUGUUGGUCUCACAGCGUGUGGUGAAUCUUCCUCCUCAGCUUUUACCACCUAUGUAUGAUGCGCUUUUUGAUGAAGUCUCAUGGGCUACAGAAGAUGAGCCAACAGAGGAGCUCCGGAAUUCCUUCCGCUUUAAGUUUUAUCUGCUAGUCUGUAAAAUUUACAAGCUCAAGAAUGCGGGCCAGAAAAAGAAGCAAAGUAGUCAGAGUGACGAGGAAAUAAUAUAUAUAAAACCAGAAGAUGAAAUUUUUCACCAGCUCAGCUGUUGGUCCUUCAGUUUUCCUAUGCACACUCAGCAGGUUGAAACUCAAGAGCUGAAAAAUUACCGCUUAACAGGGCUAGUGAUGGCUGUAGAGGCUGAAAAAAUUUCUACUUUCCGGCAGCAGUUGCAAUCUUUAAUUGCCGAAACCUGAGACCUGAAGGUGCAGAUUUUGCUUCAUCUAAUGGUGAGAUACUUACAGGUGCAAACUUUGAACCCCCGGUUUCUUACAAUUUUUCUUCAGCUUCCAGUGUGGUAAUCUGUUAUAGGAUUUAACCCAAUUUUGUCAUCACUGCUACUAAUCAACCUCUUUUACGUUUGCAUUUUAUAGGAAUUGAAAUCUGUGAACACUUAUAAAAUCUAAAGCAGGAUAAAUUUUGUUUCAAUUUCCGCUCAUACCUUUUAUGUCUUCCCUUUGUUUUCUUUUCUUCAUGAUCAAAAGUUGAAGUGUAUCAAAAUGUAUAUGUAUUGCUAUAAACCGGAAUUUUAAAUGGUAUCCGGGUGAGCUGCCUUUGGUUAUUUGGGAGAA